UGUUUCUCUUACUUGGCUUCAGCGAAGAACUAAUGACAAGCAUAUAAAUGUUCGAUGCGAAAAUAUUUAUUUCUUCGGGACUUCCCAGGGUAGCGCAGUGACUAGGAGAAUACGGCUGAGCAUGCCAACACUGUUCAACGAUCUCGACGGAACCAGCAUGAGUAAUGCAGAUAAGCAUCGGAUGGCAAAUUUAUAACACGUGUUUUUGAAGAAAGGAUAAACAUUACACUAUUUUGCUUUUACAAUCAACUGGAUAUAUAUUAAUUUGAGGACACUCGUCUCCUGUACAAACCGGAAAAGUCGAUGGACGCGGACGACGACCAUUUGUCGGCAUCAGUGGCCGGAAGUACGGACACAUUGGCCACUGACGUCACCAUUUAUUCGGAAAAGCUGACCCAGCCCGAGGGAUGCCUUGGAAAGACUAGAAGAGUUGCCCAGGCCGUGUACAAGGCGGCGCGGUCCCUGGUUGGGCUUAUCAUCAUUCUUAUAGCAUACACUGCGCUCGGCGCCGCCAUAUUUAUGGCCGUGGAAUCAUAUCAUGAACAAAAAUACAAAUCAAACAUUACGGAUAUUAGAAAGAAUCUAAUUUCUCAAUUACUGCAGUCAGUGAAUCAGGUCAAAGACGUGAACAAGUUCAGGGCGGACUCAAACAAGCUGUUAGUGGACUAUGAAUCGGCGAUCCGGGAGGCGAUUAAGAAUGAUGUGACCACGGACUCCACAGUAGAGGUGUGGACGUAUUGGGGCAGCCUUUUCUUCGUAUGGACUGUCUACACCACUAUAGGUUACGGGAACAUCUAUCCCGUAACGGGUAUCGGGCGUGUGUUAACGAUCGUGUAUGCGAGUGUGGGGAUCCCCCUGGCACUCUUACUGCUGGCGGAACUGGGGAAAGUGUUCACCCGCGGUCUUAAAUACCUGUGGGCGUUCGUUAGGAGGUACUACUACACCGGCUACUUCCGGAAGGUCCGAUCAACGCUGCAGAAUAAAUAUCAGGUUACGAAGGCUGACUUUAAGAAGACGAGAAGCUCCAGCGCACCUGCUCUCGUAGAACAGGCGCACGUUGAAGCAAUAGAGACGGAUAGCCUGAAGGCAAAGAGCCUCCAAAGUCUUGACGACGAGGCGGCCGCGUCCGCGGCAGGGCAGCGCAGUCGCAGUAGUUCCAAGGUGGUGUAUGGGUACGAGGUGGACGAUGAGUUUAACCUUCCAAUCAGUAUUGCGAUUGGUAUCUUGUUUGUGUACAUCAUGCUGGGAGCGACCAUGUACACGAUAUGGGAGGACUGGACAUUUAUAGAGUCAUUCUAUUUUGUAUUUGUGUCGCUUUCAACCAUUGGCUUCGGUGAUGUUUUACCUGCACAUCAGAAGUUUUUUAUUAUAUCAUCCAUAUACAUGUUUGUCGGGUUGUCAUUGGUUUCUAUGUGUAUCAAUGUCGCGAUCGAGUUUUUCAACAGUAUGUCCAAAAGGGCUAAGCAGAAAAUGGGCGAGGCAAAAAGAAAGAUAGGUGAUAAAGUAAACCAGGCAAGCAAAAAUGCGCGGGAAAAAGUAUCAGGUAUGAAAAACAAUAUCAAAGAUGAAACAAGCAGGUUAAGGCAGAAGACAGAUGCACGUCUCACUAACCUAAGAACAAACAUUACUGAUGAAACUUCCAAGUUCAAACAUAAGACUGACAAAGCGUUUACUGGUAUUAAAACUAACAUAUCAAACGAAACAACCAGAUUUAAAAAGCGAGCAGAUGAGAAAUUCAGAAAAAGAGGGUCAACUCCGGACGGCGGUAGCCCAGCAAAUAUUUCCAGAGAAAAAGUAGCAACUGUAGACAUUCCCGAAGACAUACCUGCCGCCGACGACACAUAUAAUUCAAUUGGUGACGUCCAGUCAACCACCAGUGAAAAUCCAAUAUCACCAAAACACCGGAAGGAGUGUAAGAAAAGGGCCCCAACACCGCCUACAUCACCUCCAAAAUCCUCAACAAGGUCCCCUACAAAAUCGCCGACGCAAACAUUUGCCUCACUCGGAGCGUUCAGAAUUUCGGUGAAGAAAGACACCAAAUAGAUAUCUGAAAUGCCUGGGUGCACUAGUUUGUGUUUAGAUGCCAAUUUAACCAAGAUAAUUUAACUGCUGUCUAUAUGUAAUGUUGAUAAUCAAGAAUUAAAGCGAUACAGAUU